AUGGGCGAAAUCACCGACAAACCGGAAUGGACUCGGAAGAUAUCUGAUCAGAGUAUAGUGUCGAAGUGGCGUGCCGAGCGAGCGAAUCGAGCGGCGGGGGUCCCGCUGCGAGAAGUGUUCACGGAUGAGAUGUUUGAUUAUUGUAUAGAGGAGCUACGUGACUACAGCCGGAUCCAGGCGUCCACUGGAAUAACGCCUGCCAUCGACUCUCAUGCAGUUGUAUUGAAAUCCGAUACUCUAGUGUCGGAAUCUUUGAGACAGGAGCUCGUUGCUGCUGCCGAGCCCCUUGAGGCGGUACCUGAAAAGCAAAAGGACUGGCACCCAGGCUCAGAUGGUAAAGUUCUCGACCUGGUUCACCCAUCACUCUAUCCCCUUAUAUAUGGGCGCUCCUUGGUGCUUAGACACGGAAUGGUACCGCUACAAAACUGUACGGCGUAUACUGGCAAAGGCGAGGUUGUACCAGCGCCCAAGGAUGAAGAGCUCACCAUCAAAGGCCGACAGCGACGUUACACUUGGCGUAACCCGGACAGCGACAAGCUCUACUCUGGAAAAUUCCAGUGGCUCCCAAGCGAGUUGGCGUUUGAGGAUGGAAAUGCAGUGAAAUUCACAAGCUACAUCAACAAUUUGCACCCACGCGACCACGAGCCAUUAUACAGGAGCAUCGAGAAAAUCAUAGCCAAGGUGGUACCAAUGUGGGACUUGACGCUACAGCCGAUCACCGAGUACCAAAGGGCUACCCGCAUCGAGAUCAGCGAAAUACCAAAAUACACUCUGCCACAUGGACCCAGACCUGCUCAGCUCGGUGAUGACCAGCUCGAGGACUACGAGAUCGAAGAACUUGAACAAGACUGGUUAGAGGAACACGGUAUCAUCGAACCCCCUAAGUGCCCCCAAUACAGCGGUCGCGCCAAGGGAAUUCUCGAGGCACCCACCGAACAACAAUGGGGCGCAGUAAAUGUUGACCUUCGGCAAAAUUUCGAGAAGGAGGGCCUUCAAGUGAUUGUGAAGCUGGCAAAUAUACAUUUGACUCCCGACAAGCCAAGCUAUGAUGGCGGUUCCUGGCACAUCGAGGGCCUCUUGAAUGAACACAUCUGUGCCACCGCGCUAUACUACUUUGACUCCGAGAACAUCACCGACAGCUUCCUUGCCUUCCGGGAGAACGUCCAAGCCGACGUUGUGGAAGAACUGCCUUACGAGCAGAGCCGCUAUGACCAUUUAGAAAAGUUGUUCGACAUCAAAUAUUCGGGAGCAGCCAUACAGCAUCUUGGGCAUGUCCGAACAAGCCAAGGCCGGCUUCUAACAUUCCCGAACGUCUUGCACCACCGCGUUGAGCCCUUCUCGCUUGCGGAUGCAACACGACCCGGCCAUCGGAAGAUCCUCGCACUGUUCCUCGUUGAUCCUUAUCUGCGGAUUCUGUCAACUGCAAAUAUUCCUCCUCAGCAGAAGGAGUGGUGGGCCGAAAGUGUUCAGGCAUCCUCUAUUAAAGCGGGACUCCCGAUGGAGGUGGCAGACAAUAUCGUCGACAAGGUAGACGGCUUUCCGAUCGGUCUUGAGGAGGCGAAGAGCUUGCGCCUCGAACUGAUGGAGGAACGUUCCGCGACCCAGGCUGUCAUGGAGCAAACGUUCAUGGAAGAGGACUACUUCAACUUCUGCGAGCACUGA